AUGUCUCAAAUAUCAAAAGUAACAGCGACAUUGGUCAGCAUUAGAGGACUGCCUGCAUCUGGUAUCAUAUCGACCGGCAGAUCUACGCUAGUACCCCUGAAAUCUAGAAGGAUAAUACACUCACAAUGUGGUUUAAGACAGGAGCAAUCGGUCAUCAAAGGCACCGGCAAUUUGAAUGAGUACAAGAGUUACUAUCGAGAUUUGAAAAAUACGAUCGAUGAAAUUCCCGAAGAAGUAGCGAGUAAAUCAGCUGCACUAGUAACUCUUCAUAAGAGACUAUCCCUGCCAAAGGAUUUUCAGCUUUCAGUGCUAGCAAGAUGUCUCACCUGUCGUUCAUCCCAGCUACCUAGCGACCUCAGUGCGCCACGUCUUGGGUCGGCCUAUGCAAGCACAGUUCCAGCUAACAAUUUCUUUGACAACCAUGGACUAAACAUUUUUGGGAAGAACCUCUUAACCUAUCAUGUUACACAUCAACUAAUGAAGAAAUAUCCCAGACUACCAACAGUGGUGUUGAAUGCUGCAGUAGACGCCUACAUAUCGCAGGAUGUCUUGGCAAGUAUUGCCAAGUCCUGGGGUAUUGAAGCUGAAACGACUCCAGUAGUUGAUAGGUUUUUGAAAAAUGAACCAAUACAUGUAACUUUGGGCAAAUUGCGUUUUCUCAAUAACAGUUUGAACAAGCACGAUGGAGUUGAAUUGAUAUCCUCACAGAAUUUCUCAGAAAAUGCUGCAUACGCUUUAGCCACAAGAAGUAUAGUUGGUGCAUUGUGGGCAUCGACUCAGGACACUAAACAAAAUUACGCAACGAAAUUCAUCGACGAACACAUCUUGAGUAGAAAGCUCGAUAUUACAAGAAUGUUCCAAUUUGAGCAACCUACAAGGGAACUGAGCGCACUCUGUCGUCGGGAGGGUCUAGCAAAACCUAUUUCCAAGCUUCUGGCCGAGUCUGGUAGAUUAUCCAAGGCGCCUGUCUUCAUUGUAGGUGUGUUCUCUGACUCAGAGAAAUUGGGUGAAGGUUACGGUUCCUCUUUGAAAGAGGCCAAGGCAAGAGCCGCUACGGAUGCAUUGAUGAAGUGGUAUUGUUACGAGCCAAUCCAAAACAAAGCUCCCGUGAUCGAUCAUGGGGCAGUCAUUGUAUGA